AUGUCUUUGGAAGAAUUCGACGAAGUUAAAUAUGACCAUUCAACCAAACGUCUAGAUACCCCAUCCAGAUAUCUAUUGCGCAAGGCAAGAAGAAACCCUAAUGGGUUACAAGAACUACGCGAGUCAAUGAAAUCCUCCACUAUUUAUGUAGGGAAUCUCUCCUUUUAUACAUCUGAGGAACAAAUUUACGAAUUAUUUAGCAAGUGUGGUACGAUAAAAAGAAUAAUCAUGGGCCUGGAUCGUUUCAAGUUUACGCCAUGUGGCUUUUGUUUCAUUAUAUAUAGUUGCCCAGAUGAAGCAUUGAAUGCGGUAAAAUAUUUGUCGGAUACAAAAUUAGACGAAAAGACAAUCACCAUUGAUCUGGAUCCUGGUUUCGAAGAUGGAAGACAAUUUGGUCGUGGUAAGAGUGGUGGUCAAGUCAGUGAUGAAUUGAGGUUUGACUUUGAUGCAUCCAGAGGUGGGUUUGCAAUUCCAUUUGCAGAACGUGUUGGCGCACCUCACUCCAGAUUUGAUAAUAGCGGUAACUCACAAUCAAAUACAAAUAAUUAUAUUCCCCCUCCUGAUGCAAUGGGUACUUUUAGACCCGGCUUUGAUGAAGAAAGAGAAGAUGAUAACUAUAUACCUCAGUAA